AUGGCUCUCCGUCUGAUCGCCGACUUCGAUCUCGAGAAGGACGUGCUCCCGUGGCUGCGGGUGCAGCUGGCGGCGUCAGCGGCCGCCGGGGCCCGAGGCGGCGGCCCAGGUGUUUUGGAAAACAAUUAUGAGUGCUUACGUGUACUAAAUGUUGAACAAAACAGAAAUAUUAUUUAUACCUAUAAGGACAAUAAGGGAAAUGUCUUCUUUGGAUUAUAUGAUUACCAAACCAAACAAAAUGAGCAUCUCUAUACAUUUGAGAAAGAUUUGCAAGUUGUCAGUUGCUCAGUCAACAGGGAGAAGACUUUGCUGGCUACAAGUUUAGUUCAAGCUGCUAAAGAAGGAAGGAGUAAUGAGCUUCAACCAGGAUCAAAGUGCUUAACUUUGUUGGUUGAGAUCCACCCCAUUAACAAUGUGAAGGUUCUAAAAGCAGUGGAUAGCUAUAUUUGGGUACAGUUCCUCUACCCACAUGUUGAGAGUCGCCCUCAACCAGAGAAUCAUCUGUUACUGCUUUCAGAAGAGAAAUAUAUUGAACAAUUUCAUAUCCAAGUUGUCCAAGAAGAUGGAAAUCGAGUGAUAAUUAAAAAUUCUGGCCAUCUCCCAAGAGAGAGAAUAGCCGAAGAUUUUGUUUGGGCUCAGUGGGAUAUGUCAGAGCAGAGAUUAUACUAUAUUGAUCUGAAGAAAUCAAGGAGUGUCUUAAAAUGCAUCCAGUUUUAUGCUGAUGAGCACUUUAACUUAAUGUUUGAAGCACCCUUGGAUAUAUCAUUAAGUGACUCAGGAUUCAAACUUGUCAACUUUGGAUAUAGUGAUCUUCAAGACCAAGAGGAAUUAUCUGAACACCUGACCUUAUGUGUUUUUACCAACCAUACAGGAAGUUUGUGUGUAUGUUACUGCCCGAACUUUGACUCUUGGGAACAAAUCACAUAUUCAGUGUUUUACUUUCAUAAAGGGCACAGCAAAACCUUCACUACUACUCUUGGGAGUGUUGACUCACGUGUGACAAAGGGCAUUACUUUUCUCAACCUUGACUAUUAUGUGGCCGUUUAUUUACCCGGUCAUUUCUUUCAUCUCCUUAAUAUUCAACAUCCAGACCUGAUCUGCCACAGUCUGUUUCUGACAGAAAACAGUGAAGUGAUUGAUAUGCUACCUCAUAGUCCUUUACAGUCACUGUCAGGGUCUCUGGUCCUGGAUUCAUGUUCUGGAAAGCUCUACAGGGCGUUCCUCAACCAGUCAUAUUUAUUGGAGUUCCUGUGGAACAGCCGGCUGGACUGUGAGAGGAUGGCCUUGCUUCACUGUGUGCUCUCAUGUGGCCGAGACCCGCAACGACUGGAAGCCAAGAUUAUUCAGUGGAUUUCUGAGAACAUCUCUGCCUGCCAUUCAUUUGACCUCAUUCAGGAAUUUAUAAUUGCUUCUUCAUAUUGGAGCAUUUAUCCCGAGACAAGUAACAUGGAUAAGCUUUUGCCGUAUUCCUCACUGCUCACUUGGGAUACAGAAAUUCCUGGAAUAACCCUUGUGACAGAAGAGAUUCCGUUGCCUCUUAUGAAGGUGCAUAGCUUUAAGGGCUACUGGGAAAAACUGAACUCCAACCUGGAAUAUGUGAAGUACUCCAAGCCACACUUACACUAUAACAACAGCGUGGUCAGGAGAGAGUGGCACAACCUGAUCUCAGAAGAGAAAACAGGAAAAAGAAGGUCUACGGUGUAUGUGAGAAAUAUUCUUGAUAAUGCAAUAAAGGUGAUUUCUAACCUAGAAGCAAAGAAUUUGGAGCCAAGAUUAACACCCCUCUUCCAGGAGGAAGACAACCACCAGCAGCUGCUUAUCGGGCUGAUGGUGUCUGAACUAAGAGACCAUCUUUUGAGACAUCUACAGGGUGUAGAAAAGAAAAAAAUUGAACAGAUGGUUCUGGACUACGUUUCAAAACUGCUGGAUCUCAUUUGCCAAAUACUGGAAGCCAGUUGGAGGAAACAUACUCUUCAUCCCUGGGCUCUCCACUUCAAUAGACAGGCGAGUGCUGCUGAAUUUGCGGUCUUUCACAUCAUGACCAGGAUUUUGGAAGCUACUAACACUUUGUUUUUACCCCUGCCUCCUGAGAGUGUCCAACUCUUUGUGACCCCAUGGACUGUAAUCCACCAGGCUCCUCUGUCCAUGGAAUUUCCCAAGCAAGAAUACUGGAGUUUUCACACUCUGCACGUGAUCCUUGGCGUCCGCUGUCUGCCUUUGCAUAACCUGUUGCAUUACAUUGAUCAUGGAGUGUUACUUCUCACAGAAGCAGCUGUCACAAGGCUCAUGAAAGAUCUGGACAAUACAGAGAAAAAUGAAAAACUAAAAUUCAGCAUCAUCAUGCGGCUUCCUCCGCUUACAGGUCAGAAGAUCUGUCGACUUUGGGAUCAUCCUGUUAGUUCUAAUAUAAUUUCACGGAACCAUGUAAAGCGACUGCUUCAGAACUACAACAAGCAGCCGUGGAGUUCUGUCAUGGACAAGUCGUCAUUCAGCGUAGAGUUUCUGCCUCUGAACUACUUCAUUCACAUCCUGACAGACAUCGAGUCCUCCAAUCCAGCUCUGUAUGCUUUUGAAGGACAUGACAAUGUGGAUGCAAAAUUUGUAGAGGAAGCAGCUCUGAAACACACCGCGAUGCUUUUAGGAUUAUAA